AGUAAAUGUACUUAUAUAAAGUGAGUCCGGUGGACGCGAGGAAACAACAGCAUUAUGCUCACUCCGCAACGGUUGUCUGUGAUCGCGCUCGUGCUAGUGUCGUGCGCACGCGCACGCCCCGGCGACAACGAUCUCGUGCGUUUCGAUGAUGAAACCAAAUCGCAAGAAAACAGAAUCAUUCUGGACAGUAAAUUAACAGAAAACAAUGAAAUUCCAGCAAGUAUACCCAUUAACGAGAAGUUCCCCCAUGCAGUGCUAUUCGGAGGUGUAUGCGGUGGAUCCAUCAUCAGUGCAAAUUGGAUUAUUACAGCGGCGCACUGCACCCUGUUCACAAGCGGUGGAUUCAUAUUGGCGGGAACCAAUAACUCGGAAAAUGACAGCGGAUUGCUUCACCGAGUAAAGAGGCUUGUAAUACACCCCUUAUUCACUGUUGGACCCUACUGGCUCGAUACCAAACAAUUCAACCUAAAUCAGAUAGCAGCCAGAUGGGACUUCCUAUUAGCAGAAUUAGAAACGCCCUUACCUCUGAACAAUAAGACCAUAGCCGUCAUACCGCUUGAUGACCAGAUAAGGACUCCCGUAGGGCUCGAUGCCGGUUUCGCGGGUUACGGAACUGACCGCCAUGGGGGUAUAAUGAGUCAGAUCAUGCACGGGAGGGAGCUAUCCGUCCAGGCAGACGACGUAUGCCUCAAACUGGAGCAAUACAGAUCAAAAGAUAUGAUUUGCACGAAAGGACGUCCGCCAAGAUACGAUUUCGCGUGUAAUGGCGACAGCGGGAGCGGUCUCGUCGGUGGCGGCAAACUACUUGGUGUCGCGUCCUGGGUUGAAAACGAUUCCAUCGAGUGCCGCAACGGGAACUUAGUUGUGUUCUCCAGAAUAGCAAGCGUUAGGGACUGGAUUAGGAAAGUCACCAACAUCUAAUGUGUUUAUGAUCACUAAUGUAGAAACCAAGUAAUUGUAUACCAACACCCGUUUAUUUGGUAAUAUACAUAGACGCAGCAUAACGUACUAAUCUAAAGUAACUAAGGUUAUGCAGUUAACAACAAUAACUUGGUAUUCUGCACAUCGUGGUUUGUAAUAAAUAAUAAAAAAAAAAAAAAAAAAACUGAAGUACAGUUAAUGAAGUAAGUCUGAUGUAUAACGGGGUUUUUUUUUUAAAAAAUCAAAAAUUAUUAUGGUAAAUUUAUUAUGUUAUAUGUAUAUUAAGUUUAACAAAAUCAGGGUCUUAUUUGUACAUUCUAUUAUCUUUUAUGGUAUACUAGAUGUGUGCCAAAGAUCGUACAUAUUAAUUUUAUAUAUAUUUUAGCCCAUAUAGUUAGAAAUGUACUAAAUACAUUUUCCAACGACUCCUCGAAAUAUUUAUUGGUUAUUUUGUAAAAGUUAUGUACGGGACAGUAAUAAAUAUCAAAGUGUGCCAUAUGCAACAUAAGCUCUCAAUGUGACUACACUACACUAAUGAUAUCGUGAGCGAUUUGACGAUAUUCAAUUUGUGAUAAACAAUAAUCUUAAGAACUUUCUCAAAUUAUAAUUAGAUUUAAUUUUAUAAUUCUAUUACUGUUGGGAAAUAAAUAAUAUUUUUAAAUA